ACAGUAGUCGUUGCCCGUGGCGGGCGUGGGGCGCGAGCAGCGUUGGGGCGCGAGCAGCUCAAGGCGGCCUUUCCCCCGCCCCUCAGGCCGGGCCCAGGCUCGGUCCCCUCACGCUCCUUUCGCUCCUCACCCGGGUCGGGUACGGGGAAGGUCCAAGCCGGGUGCCAGUGGGACUUUGUGGCCACCGCCACGGUCCCGAUGGAGCCUCCAAAUCUCUAUCCGGUGAAGCUCUACGUGUACGACCUGUCCAAAGGCCUGGCCCGGCGGCUCAGCCCCAUCAUGCUGGGGAAACAACUGGAAGGCAUCUGGCACACCUCCAUCGUUGUGCACAAGGAUGAGUUCUUCUUCGGCAGCGGUGGCAUCUCCAGCUGUCCCCCAGGAGGGACAUUGCUUGGGCCCCCAGACUCUGUGGUUGAUGUGGGGAACACAGAAGUCACAGAAGAAAUCUUUCUGGAGUACCUGUCCUCCCUGGGGGAGUCUCAGUUCCGAGGUGAAGCCUACAACCUCUUUGAACACAACUGUAACACCUUCAGUAACGAAGUGGCCCAGUUCCUGACCGGGCGGAAGAUCCCUUCUUACAUCACUGACCUUCCCUCUGAAGUUCUCUCCACCCCCUUCGGACAGGCCCUGCGGCCCCUCCUGGACUCCAUCCAGAUCCAGCCUCCCGGAGGGAGCACCGUGGGCCGACCCAAUGGCCAGAGCUAACAGGACUGCAUGGACCGCCCUGCCUCGCCAGGGCUUUUUCUUUUUAAACAAAACAAACCCUACCAGAUUUCUAUUUUAUAAUUUUACAUCAGAGCUAACAACCAGGGGACAGCUUUUUAAAUUUCCCAGGGAAGGAGAUCAUCAGGCUGCGUGUAGGACAAUGCUGCUAAGAAACAGAACAAAACGCCAUCCCUUCUAAUAGUAUUAUACUAAUUUAUUAAGGCUGUCUUGUCUGUGAGUUCACUUGUGACCCUGCUUCCUAAGCGUCCUCCACGCCCGAGAAAGGGAGUGGGUUAACGCAGAAAGUGGAAUCACAGUCUGGGGGAGCCCCAACCUAGAACCUCUCUCCAGAGGACGCCCAUGCGCUACCCAGGUGGGCGUUACAACACUCAUGACCUGGAAGCAGUUUCUCUCUAGUGCUAAACGAACCAAAGGAGUUGGUGUACUCGGAACCAGUUUGAGGAUGACUCACCCAGCCUAAGUGAACUCCUUAGCCACAACCUGUGUCACCUUCCCUCCUGUACCCCAAGCAAGGCCACGGGGUCAGAGCUGGAGCAGCCAGAAGCCUCAGAGUGGAGGGAGAGUGACAGCAAGUGUCAGGCAAAGAAAACAGGAUAAAGCCACUCCCUCCUAGACCGAUUGCCAAUCCUCUGACAUCAGUUUUGGAGAACCUGCCUUGCUGCCUGCAGGCUGCUCUUCCUCAGCAUAGCUGACCUGUCGUGACCGCUGGAGGUCGGGGCCGGAGCAGCAGAGACCCGGGCAUUUUGUCUGCAAGGAAUAAUGUAGGUCAUGUGCAGUCACCGGACCCACCCCCCUCAGACCAAUAUGCAGUCUUCGGCUAGGACCAAGGGGAAAUGACUCCCUGCUCUAGGAAAAUAUCCCUGAUGUAGAAAGAUAAUAAUGAACAAUCAAGGUGGCAAGCAAAUUUAGAGUUGCUGUCGAUAGGAAUUUUUACAUUAUCCUAAAUGUGUUUUGAAGACACGUGUUGUUUCCCUUGUCAUUCUGAAUUUAAGGAAGCAUGGCAUGCAUGGGCAUUUUCCUUUUCAGCUGCUGCUAAGAGCUUACAGGCAGGGAACAAUCUGGAAGUUUCUUAUCUAGAGAGGCUUUCAGAUUCCUUUUCUUCACUUGAGUCUCCCCUUAAGUUAGCUUUUGGGGAAGUGACGGUGGGGAGAGGACUGAGCGCUGCCAGGUGCCUGCGUCCCAGCUCUGGCGUUCUUGGGCCUCUCCUGCCACUUCUCAGACUUGAAUUAUGUUGUCUUUCCUGGGGUUUGGCCUGCAGCAGGUGCCUUUCCUCUCCAAAAAGCUGCUGCUCACCCCUGGCCACCUCUCCUCCCGCCUGUGCCAUCAGCCGUAGCAGUCGGCAUGAUCAGGGUCUCAGCUAGAGGAAAAGAUGCCAUUCUGCCUUAGUGUUCACCUGUGACCUGACCAGAGGCACGUGCGUGAUGACCAGCUGUGAUGUCAAGUGACAUUUUGGAACUUCUAAGGUUGGAGGCCAAACCAAUGAGCAGUUUAGUUCUAAUCAAGACGCACUGAUUUGCCAGAAUGCAUGGUAAUGUAUAUUGGAGCAGAAACUGGCAGGGAACCCUACUUAACUGUUGACCGACUGGCUGAAUGGAUCAUGGAGAAUGAGUCUCAGGCCGGUGCAUCCCAGGAAGGCAGCGUAUUGGUCCAUGCCUUUUCCAGCCUGCCUUGCCCAGCCCUCUCUCUCUACCAGGCUCUUGCUCCAGACCCCUCCACACAGAGCUCUAGCCAGAGGGUGGGCCUCACAAGCUCAUUCUCUCCUCCCUCCUCCUCAUUUCCAGGCCUAACUUGGUUCGCCCCUCCCAGCAGCCACCUCCAGACCCAGGGCUGUACUAAGAAAUGGCUCCCCUGAGAGGCUUUGAGUCACUUGGUUCAUCAAAAGUCCCUUUCAUGUCCAGCAGCUAUUUGUGCCAAUGCCUGUGCCCUAGGGGAGAGACAGAGGGGUCAGUAAACUGCCUUCUCGGAGGCCUGCAGGAAAGCAAGCUCUCCCUAUGCCACCCAAGUCCCAGCGGCACUAACUUUGGAAGCUCAGGCUCAGCGCGCCCCCUCGGCCCCCCCCAUCCUUCAUUUCUCGUCUCCCAGCACCUCAGGAGCGUGUCCUCUGUGCCCAACCAGCUCCACAUGAGCAUGUAUGGGUGAGCAGAGCGACAAGUGAGCCAUGUGUUUGUUUGUAGCGCACAGCGGACACUCCAUAGAGGUCCACUGGUGUAAAAGAACAGGGAAGGAAGAGGGAUGAGACCAGCACCCCCACCCAGAAAUAAAGCUUGUACCUUUGAGAUUCCUUAUUGCCCUUGAAGUCAAACUAAUAACUGUUUAGUACAGAGAUGUUUGCCGGUUUUCUUUGAUGUUUUUUCUAAUGCAAUAAACUCACUUCUG